UCACCACACGUCCCCGGGGACCCAGAACCACACGCCCCGACGCACAAACAAAAAAACAAGGCGUAGAGUUGGCUCCAGGCCCAACCUCGGCAGCAGCCUCUCGAGCCUCGCCGAGCGCCGGCCCGCGCCCGCGUGCCCGCGCCGGGGGACACCCGCGGCGGCCCCGAAGGAUGCAGGUGCAGGCGCAGGUGCCCCUCGGCGUGCGGCCAGGCCAGACGUUCACGCUGCAGACCUCGCACGGCCUCGUGCCGGUGGUGGUGCCUCCCGGCGCUUCCCCCGGGCAGCAGGUGGUCUUCACGGUGCCCGCGCACCCCGCCGCUGUCGUGGGCAACCCAGUGGUGCAUGGCAGCGUGGCGGGCUCGGCGCCGCCGCCGCAGCUGGGGAUGGCCGAGGCGGGCAGCGGUGCAUCCGCGCCCAAGGGCUACCGCGCGGAUCCGCUGACCGCCACGGCGGACGGGCUGCCCCUGCUGGCGGGCAUCCCCGUGGAGAAGCAGGAGCAGAAGCUGAGCGAGAUCCGCCGCGGUGGCGAGCUCGUGCGGGAUAAUGCGCCGUUUCCCGCGCGGCGCACGUACCGCGACGCGGUCUGGGGCGUCCUCUUCGUGGCCUUGGCCAUGGCCAUGACCGUCGGAGCGGUGUAUUUCGGCAGGUCUCUGUCCAGCGAUGCACAGGUGGACCUGUCGAGCGAGGACGCUGAGUGGAUCGCCAACACCGUGUACGCCGGCUUGGCCGGUGGAGUGGCCUCGCUCGGGGCAGCCAUGGCGUACGUGUGGCUGGCGAGCACCGCACCCGCGUGCAUCGUUUGGACGUCUCUGUUGUUCAGUCCGGUGUUGAUGAUCGUGAGCGGCCUGGUGUUCUUGGUGGCGGUAUCGGCGGUUGCGGGCCUCAUUUUGAUCAUUCUGGGCAUGCUGUGCCUCAGUUGCGUCUUCUUCUGCUACCGCCCGCUGAUCCCGUUCAUGAUAAAGAUCGUGGAGGUGGUGUCCAGUGUGAUCCGAAUUCACCCCUGCGUCAUGGCCGUGUCCUUGAUAGGCUCGGUUGCUGGCAUCGUCUGGACUGCCAUCUGCAUGAUCACGUUCACGGGUGCAUACCUGGAGUUCAAGAACGAGGCGGAGGACUUAACUUCCACGGCGCAGUACGUCCUGUACUUCUUCGCAGUCCUGAUCUUCAUCGUUGGCGGGCAGGUCGCGUACUACGUCUGUCACGUGACGUAUUGUGGCGUGUUCGGUCGUUGGUACUUCGGGGUGGACAGGGAGGGCGGCGUGCUGGGGAGGAGCCUGAGUGUGGCCCUGACCACUUCCUUCGGCAGCAUCUGCUGCGGGUCCUUCCUCAUUGCUGCGGUCCGGGCCCUCGAGGCGGUCCUCCGGAAGGGCAGGUCGGACGCGCAGGACUCCGGCAACGUGGUCUGCUGCGUCGUCCUCUGCUUGCUGGAGUGCGUCAUCUCGUGCAUCGGGGACCUCCUCGAGUACUUCAGCGAGUGGGCGUACGUGCAGGCCGCCGUGCGCGGCACCUCGUUCGUCGAGUCCGCGCGCAUCACCCACAGCCUGAUGACGUGCGCGAACCUGCUGUACGUGGUGCAGGACCUCCUCGUCAACGCCGUGGUCAACCUCGGGGCGGUGCUCUGCGGCCUCGUCGGGGGCGGCGUGGGGGCCGCCGUGGGCUUCGCCGCCUCCGGGGCGGACGCCGCGCUGUCGGGCGGCAUCGCGGGCCUCCUGGCGGGCCUGCUGGCGGGCGGCGCCGCCGCGGGCAUCAUCUCCUCCGGGACGAAGGCCAUCCUGGUGCUGUGGGCCGAGAACCCCGCCCCGCUGGAGGCGUCGCACCCGGACGCCCACCGGGAGCUCGAGGCCAGGAUCUACGGCAAGCUGGGCCAGUAGGCGCCCGCGCCGCGCAGGCCUCGGCGCACGGUCGCGUUUGCUCGAGCGAAUUGGGCAUGCUCCAGAAGAGAGCGCCCCGGCCAGAAGGGCAGGGGGCAGGGCAACACAUGCCGAGGGGGUUACCGCAUCUGCUUGGGCGCCAGCGCCGUCCUUGUGACCCUGGCAUUGGCCUUCUUCGGUGGCUUUACAGUUCCUCCACCGCCGCAGUCGGCUUCUGCGGCGCGGCUCGGGUCUACAGCGGCCGCGCAGCCCCCAGCAACAGGACGGGAGUGGCGCGGCCGUCCGCGCCGCCUCCUUGGUAUCAUUACGCGCUGCCACGGGUAGCAGGCAGGGGCCCUUCCCGGGCGGAAGACGCAGCAGUCGGAUGUGCCAUGCAGGAUGGCCCGCCUGAUCGCCUGCCAAACAAAAAACAAACAAAC